CAAGUCAUUCGUUUUAUACACGAAUGCAAUUCAUUCUCGUUUAUUUUUAUAAUAUGUACCUAUAAUAUAAUGAAAUAAUUGAAAAAUACAUUUAUAAAGCAUCGAUAGUAUCUUUUGCAGCUUUUUUUAGUUUACGAAAAACUUUUAAGUUUAUGGAGUCCAUAAUGGUAUUACCAGGAGUUUUAUGUAAGGUAUGUGGCGACCGUGCCUCUGGCAAACAUUACGGUGUCCCAUCUUGUGACGGUUGUCGUGGUUUCUUCAAACGAAGUAUUCGCAGAAAUCUAGAUUAUUCAUGUAAGGAGGGUGGUAAAUGCAUUGUUGAUGUAUCUAGACGAAACCAAUGUCAAGCUUGUCGUUUUGCCAAGUGUCUGCAAGUUAACAUGAGACGUGAGGCAGUUCAACAUGAGCGAGCGCCUCGAAAUUGUGGUCCGUCCCAUAAUUUACUCCAUUCAAAUUCCUAUGGGUCGGAUUUAUUUCCGCUACCUGAGAUCACAAUUCCAUCUCCAAAUUUAUUUCUUCCAUUCACUCCUUUUGUUUCACCCAACUUUUGUUUCACUAACUACGACGUGUCACGGUUUUCAUCCGCUUAUGCUUCAGGAUCUCUCUGGGAUCCCAUAAAUUUAUCAAGAAAUUACAUACCUACUGUUCCAGCCAUGGACCACUACAGUUUUGCAAAAAAUUAUUUCAACCCUGAAACAAAGAAAGAAGAGGCAACUGUUCUGAUAAGUUAUACAACAAGUGAUACAACAUCAUCAGUUGAAGACGAAAUAGUAGAAGUUACUAGUACAGAGGAACCUCAAAACACUUCUGUUAAGGAUGAUAAUCCUACUUCUGCACCUUCAUUUUUCCCUCUUUCGUCUAAAAUAUCACAUGAAUCGGCAACUAAAUUAUUGUUUUUAACAUUCAAAUGGGUCAAGUCAAUCCCGUCAUUCAGGAAUCUCCCUUAUAACGACAAAAAAACUUUAAUUGAUGAAACAUGGUCCGACUUAUUUGUUCUCACAGCUGCGCAAUGGGGAAUUCCCUUUGGGGACUCUACUAAUGACAUAUAUAAAGCAUUUGCACAAAACCUUUAUAAUCUUAUUAACGAAUAUCAAAGACUACGUGUUGACUCUAAAGAAGUAGCCUGUUUGAAAACGUUGAUUUUGUUCAAUCCAAAUCUUUAUGGCCUAACAUCUAACCAUCAGUGUGCUUUGCUUCGUGAGCAGACUCUUGCUUUGUUGAACAAAAAUUCUAAUACAAAGCUUGGACAUUUAUUAAUGUUAUUGCCGCAAGUGAAGUCUACAGCUGAUCGUCACACCUUAAAGGACUUAUUUUUCAACAAAUCAUUAGGAGAAAAUGCAGUUGAACAAGCAAUUCACGAUAUUUUAAAACAAUGACUGUCAGAAACUAAUAAUGAUGUAGAAGAAAUGCAUAAAUAUAAAUAAAAUAAAACAAUUAGAAUUAGG